CUCUCAACUGUCACCACCAUACCCUUCAUCCAAACCUUCUUCUUUUGAAUGGGUUGCUUUCUUGGUUGUUUUGGUUCCUCCAAACACAGAAAGCACAAGCACAACGCUCAAGUUCAAAGAAAUGGUAGUAGCAACAGCAAGCAAGAGCAACCUAGUGUCUCUUUGGUUCAGGAUUGCUCCAAAAAUGCUAUAAACCCUUCACCACAACUCCAGGAUAAAAGUGAGGAGCAAGUAAGUGUGAGUAGCAGAAAGAAAGUGACAUUUGAUUCCCAUGUGAAGACCUAUGAGCCUGUUUUGGCUGAAGAAUUUGAAGAGAGGAAGAGUGAGGAAGGUGGAAAGGAGGAAGCUUUGGCCCAAUCAAAGUCAUCUUUCUCUGAAGAUAGUUCUCUGACUUCAACGGGAUCUUUCCCUCCCAACCAUAGGUACCAGAAUUGCCGGGACAGUGAUGAGGAGGAGGAAGAGAUUGAUUACGGGGACAGUGAUCCUAGUGAUGAAGAUGAGGAUGAUGAUGUCAUCAGAGAAGAAUGCAUUGGAGAAGAUGGGGUGGUGGUAACUACUGCUGCUGAUCAUGUGAUUGCUGAAGAGGACGUUGAUGUGAAGUCAAUUGGGUCCAACCCCAAUGCUAGAGACAGAAGUGUUUAUGUUCAUCCUGUGCUGAACCCAGUGGAGAAUCUCACUCAGUGGAAAGUUGUUAAGGCUAAAAUAACACCAUCAUCAAGGCCUCAGAAAGAGAAUGAUUUGCCAUUUGGUGUCAAAAAAACAUCUUUCAGCUUGAAUUCAGAAACUGACACACCAAAGAAGUUGAACCAGGAUAUUCCAGUUGAUGCCAGCUUGUCAAAUUGGUUGUUCUCAUCAGAAACUACACCACAAACAAACAAGGCUGGCUCAGUGACUUUUGAUGCUGGUACCCCUGACAGGAGCACAACCUCACAAGGUUCAUAUUCUGUGAUAAGUCAUGAAGAUAGGCCAAUUUUAGGGGCAUUGACAUUGGAAGAGAUCAAACAUUUUUCGGCUACUUGGUCUCCAAGGAAGUCACCUAGUAGGAGUCCAGAUGAGAUGCCUAUUAUUGGCACUGUUGGAACCUACUGGAAUGUCUCUGCUGAGAAUUCUGGUUCGGCCUCUUCCUUUAAAGGGAUUCCAAACACAACAAGCAGUGAAUUUGAUGGAGUCCCUCCUUCCAUGGUUGUAAGUGAAGUGUUGAAGGGAGACACCUUGCCCAUGAUCUAGGCUCACCAAAGGUUAGACAAAGGGAGGUUUAUGGUGGAAGAAGGAAGCUAGGCGAGAAGUAGUGAUGAUUGGCGGAAGUGUAUGGUGUAUGGUGUAUGGUUGCUCAAGGUUGGCUCACUAAGUGUAGGUGGAGGCCACUCUAGGGUUUCACUCUCCAAGGGUGGAGAAUGAA